CAACAACACUGAAGGGCGGGAGGAGGAAGUGACGUCAUUGGUGUGGUGACGUCUCUGCACAUUUGAGUAAACAUGGCGUCCGUGACAACAGCCACCUCAGAGUGGAUCCAGUUUUUCAAGGAUGCUGGGAUCCCAGCCGGCCUCGCUGUCACUUACGCAGUCUCCUUUGUGGAUAACCGAAUUCAAAAGAACAUGCUGAUGGACCUGAGUAAGGACAUCAUGAUGGACCUCGGCAUCACUGUUGUUGGUGACAUCAUUGCCAUUCUCAAACACGCCAAACUCGUCCACAGGCAGGACAUGUGCAAAAUGGCCACAGAAGCCAUCAACUCAGGACAGACCAGCGUGAAAGCAGAGCUCAGAAGAACUGCCAAUACUCCUGCUACUCGUAUGAUAGCCAACGCACUGAGCCAUGACUCCCCACCAGUCACUCCACCCCGUCGAACUGACAACCGCCUCUCAGUCACGGUGUCCAACGUGCCAGCAAACAAGAAUAGCAGAGCAGCUGUAAGUCAGCCAGCAGACGAAGGCAACGGGUUGUCCGACACCAAGCACCGGCGUGUGACAGCGGAGAUGGAAGGCAAGUACAUCAUCAACAUGCCCAAAGGCACCACGGCACGCACACGCCGCAUCCUGGCCCAGCAGGCCAAGAAAGGUUUGAAGCGCACCUCUGUGUUUGCAAGACUUGGAGCUGAGGCAAAUGCGGACACAACAGCCAGCACCAAGAAGCCCACGGGCGUGUUCAGCCGUCUGGACCGAACAGACGAAGUGGAGGAGGUGCCCAGGUCGGGAAAGAAGGCGGUAAGCACACAGGAGGACGAUAGUGAUGGGGAAGGCUCUGUCCUCCAGUACGCCGGUGUCCUCAAGAGGACGCCCCCCUCCGUGAGAAACGAGCCCGCUAAAAAGUCAGCCCCGAUCACCCUGCGACGCCUGGGAGGAAAAUUCAAACAACCCUCGCCUGAAAUGCCCACUUCCUCCUCGUGUUCCAACGGAGUCCCCCCUGCAAAAAUGAGUGUGCUUCAGAGACUGGGAAAACUCCCCGCCGCCACACACCAGCCCACCGUUACCGUGUCCCCUCCUCCGGCUGACACGCAGGACAACAGAGUGACAAGCACUCGGCCCCGAGCCAAGCAGAAAGGCAACAGAGUGAGCUGUAAAGUCAGCAGCAGCACCACCAAUGCUGGAGGAGGCGGAGCGGGGGACUGCGCGGGGGCCCAGAUGGACUGCCAGGCUGUCAGUGUUUUUAAGAGACUGGGUAGCAAAAAAAAAUAACUCGCAUCCCAAACUUUUUUUUUUUUCUUUUACAAGGACUGCAAAUUGAUUAUAGUCGAUAGGAGUUUGAUGUUUUAUUUUCUGUACGGACAAUAUAAGCUUUUCUUUCUAAUUUUGGUGCCACCUAAAACCUCAUUUUUACCGUCUAUUUUAUUGCUUGGACUGAGAUACCUGGGUCCACCACCCCCUUUUAAGCAGAUAAAUAUCGAAGUAGUAAUGAGCCUAAGGCAUGAGCAUGACAUAAACCGCUAGUUUAAUAGCUUUUAGCAAUUUCCCUUUGAAGGAUGCUGCUGUUGUCCAAACCCCCGAUACAGUAUUUAUAGUAAUAUCUUUGUUUUGAUACUUAACUGUUUUUUGAAAUGCAAAAUCUCAUGUUUGUUUUCCUUCUCGUUUUAUGCAGUCUAAAACCUCUAUAUAGUCUGUCAUAGAACAAGCCACAGGAUGCCCACCUUCACCACCCGCAACAGUGUGUUUUCAGCAUUGAUAGAUUACUGUUCUGCACCUCUUGCAGGUAUGAAUACCUCCGAACCUCCUGGUCGACUUUUCUACUAUAAUACUAAAUCAUCUUCUAACCUGAAGGCAGCAUGUCGGAUAUUUUCAAAUGCAAUGUAUAGAUUUACAAAAACUUGAUUUCACACUGACUUCAAUAUGACACUCGAUAUUUUUCUAUGUGGGAAAAAUGAACUCUACACCUAAAAGCACUGAUCGGUGUCAUGGGUCAACACUUUACCCUCAUCCACCUGUCUGUCUUUUAGACUUCACACUUGAAUUUUGUUAAGGUUGUACACAUUUAAAGUGUUUUAAUGUCUCUAGAAACAUUGAAAGAGGACAAAAGGAAAAAAAAGAGAGAAAAAAAGUACCUCAUAAGAAUUAAAACAAAGGAUUCACAAAUGUUUUGUGUAUUUUUUGUUGCAUUUCAAGUAGGUGUGCAGUGUCCUAAAUUAUACUUAAAGAUCUAAGUUGCUCGAACUGUACACACAGACAGUAUGAAAUACAGUAAUAAGAUUAAAUACAAAAAAUUGUAUGAAAAAAAUGACUUACUUCAUCCCUUUGGUUGUCAUGUGACCACAAUUAUUAUUGGGCCAAAUAAUUAGACCACGACCCUGCUUAGUUAGCACUUUUAAUUUCAAAUGUUCAAAAAUGCAUUUUUUUUAGCCUUAUGGUGGACUCCACUUCAAAGCACUAGAAGCCUGACUCACGUUUGGGAUACAUAAUCAAGAAAAGACCAAAAGUGACGCUGUUCUUCCUCACUAGCGACUCAACUGCGUUUUACCUAUACGGGAAAGUGCGAGUCAUGAACGAGCCGUUCAAAACUCACGAGUUAAUUCCGACUCGGAACGUACGGGUGCUCGAGUCUGUUAACUCGUUCGCUUACCACCGCUACCUAAAUUAAAUAGAGAAAUAUACUAGACCCUACACAGCUGGGAUAGGCUCCGUUUUGGCAUUUGUAGAAUUUUUCUUUUGUUUUGGUUCCUAAUCCAUUUUUAAUACUCAGCGUGUUUUAUGGUUUGGGUAUGGAUCACUUGUUUAUUUGGCGCGUUUUGGACGUGUUUAUUUGUACAUUGGUGCAGACUGCAUGGCAGGGCAGGUCGGUGUCCUGCAGGUUACGUCAUUGGAAAAGAGGGUGUGAUUGAUGUCAUGGCCGCUAGAGGGUGCUGUCUUACUCUGCAGCCUUAGUCCCUCCUAUCGUUCAAUCUCUUUGAAACCUCGGCGGAUGACGUCAUCGUGCAUUGUUGAACUGCUGUGAAACUGGAAUUAAGAUGUUUAUGAUGUAUUUGUUUUUACUUUUUUUUAAUCAUUACUCGGUUGAAUUAGUAAUUAAGUAAUUGUA